GGCACCAAGGCUGGCUUCAAAGGACUAUAAGGAUGUGCGCUCGGCCAGCCUGUAGCUAUGUGAGUUCACCAUCAGGAAUGGAUCAGAAUCAGACGUUUCUCUAGCACACUCCCAACCUGACAUCCUUAAACAUAAUUCCCACCUCUUUCUAAGUACAAGAUGCCUUUCCUUGUCAAAGCGGUCGUCAUCCUAGCCUCACUUCUGCAAGCCACUACCGUGCUGGCUUCUUCUAAGGAGAACACGAGGAGCGGACCACGGGCACCGCCUGCGCCCGCAGACGUCUGGCCGCAAACUACCUUCCCGACGGCCAAGGGGACUGAUCCAUCAACGCCACACGAGACCCCAGACCUUCCUGGGCAGAUCACCUCCUCGCCUACCGAGAAGAGGCCGUUUUCCAUUCUGCCCAUCGGCCCAAUCUCAAGCCCUAAUCUACACCAGGGGCUGAAUACUACCAGAACAAGUAUUGCAUUUACCCCUACCAGCAGCCUCAAGACGACUACCCGCCCCAGUUCUAGAAUUUCCCUGUAGCUGGGUCAGAGUCCGCAAGUGGUACAUCAUGGGGUGUAGGAGGACAAUUCCUUGACCUGCUGGCACAGUCACCCCUGCAUGCGCAGAUGUCGGAGACGGAUGGACGAUUUGAAAGCAUUGUUUUACUUUUGCAACCCUUUUUGUUUUUCGAAAUCGAAAACUUUAGCUGGCUAUAAUAAAUGUUGAUUGGAUCACGAGCGGUUGCAAUAUUGGUGCUUGGAAAUCUGGACGAUACAGGACAA